CGUGUCACUGAAUUUUGAGUCGCUUGACUUGCUGUAGUUGCCGGUUACUGGAGGUCAUGUAGAGAAAAUUCGAAAAAGCGUGUAACUGACAUUGUAUUAUAGGAAAAUGUCUCACGAACUUGUUUUUAAGUAUUAUUACUGAUGAUAAACGAAUUCGUAGUUUAGAAGGAACCAGCAGAUCUCGGGUAAGAGGCAGAGAAAAGUGUGCGUCCGGCUUGUCCUACGUGCGCGCGGGCCCGACAUUAGUGCUGGAGGAGGACGAAGACUGCGACUAAAUGAAAGAAUAAAGGCCGCCGUUUGUGCAGACAAGAGAGAACGCAAACAUGAGGAAGGACGUCAGGAUUUUACUCGUAGGGGAACCUAAAGUGGGGAAGACAUCUCUGAUCAUGUCGCUGGUCAGUGAGGAGUUUCCUGAAGAGGUUCCGCUGCGAGCUGAAGAGAUCACCAUACCAGCAGAUGUGACCCCAGAGAGGGUACCCACACACAUUGUGGACUACUCUGAGGCAGAACAAUCAGAAGAGCAGCUGUAUCAAGAAAUAUCCAAGGCAAAUGUUAUCUGCAUAGUUUACUCAGUCAACAACAAGAAGUCCAUUGAGAAGGUGACAAGUCAUUGGAUUCCUCUAAUAAAUGACAGAAUGGACAAAGAUAGCAGGGUGCCAUUAAUCCUUGUGGGGAACAAGUCAGACUUGGUUGAACACAGCAGCAUGGAAACCAUCCUGCCCAUCAUGAAUCAGUACCAGGACAUUGAGACCUGUGUAGAAUGCUCUGCCAAAAACCUGAAGAACAUUUCUGAGCUGUUCUACUACGCCCAGAAGGCUGUUCUCCACCCUACAGGACCUCUGUACUGCCCGGAAGCAAAGGAGCUGAAGCCUUCUUGCAUCAAGGCUUUAAGUAGAAUCUUUAAAGUGUCUGACCUAGACAACGAUGGCAUCCUUAAUGACAACGAACUCAACUUCUUCCAGAAAACAUGUUUCAAUACACCACUGGCACCUCAGGCCUUGGAGGAUGUGAAGAAUGUGGUCAGGAAGAACAUGACUGAUGGAGUCAAGAACGACGGGCUUACACUCAAAGGUUUCUUGUUUCUGCACACCCUUUUCAUCCAGCGAGGUCGACAUGAGACCACCUGGACUGUGCUGAGAAGGUUUGGUUAUGAUGAUGACCUGGAGCUUACGCAGGACUACCUGUUUCCCAUGAUAAAGAUCCCUGCAGAUUGCACCACAGAACUUAAUCACAACGCUUACCUCUUCGUACAGAGUGUCUUUGACAAGCAUGACAAAGACAGAGAUUGUGCACUCUCACCAGAUGAGGUGAAGGACUUGUUCAAAGUGUUUCCAUACAUGCCAUGGGGUCCGGACGUCAACAACACAGUGUGUACUAACGAUAAAGGAUGGAUCACAUACCAGGGAUACCUUUCCCAGUGGACGUUAACAACAUACCUGGAUGUACAGCGCAGUUUGGAGUAUUUGGGUUACCUGGGCUACUCUAUAAUCUGUGAACAAGACUCUCAGGCUGCUGCAAUCACAGUGACACGUAACAAGCGUAUUGACCUGCAGAAGAAACAGACCCAGCGGAGCGUCUUCCGUUGCAAUGUGCUCGGCACUCGGGGCAGCGGGAAGACCAGCUUCCUCCAAGCUUUUCUGGGCAGGAAUCUGCAGCGACAGAGGAGGAUUAGAGAAGACCACAAGUCCUUCUAUGCCAUCAGCACGACCUAUGUAUAUGGUCAGGAGAAGUAUCUACUCCUCCAUGAAGUGAUGCCAGAUCUUGAAUUCCUGUCAGAGGGUGACUUGGCUUGCGAUGUGGUCUGCCUGGUGUAUGAUGUCAACAGUCCGCACUCCUUUGAAUACUGUGCCAAAGUGUACAAGCAAUACUUAAUAGACAGCAAGACUCCAUGUGUGAUAAUUGCUGCCAAAUCAGACCUGCACGAAGUACGGCAGGACUACAGCCCAUCACCGCAUGAGUUCUGUCGUAAGCACAAGCUGCACCCGCCACAGCCUUUCACGUGCAACACGAUUGACACGCCCAGCAGAGACAUCUACACUCGACUUACCUCUAUGGCCAUGUACCCCCACGCCCGUCUCUGCUGCAUUUGUGCCUGCAACAGGUGCACCUAUUGCCUGUGUCAGAACCUCCUCAAGUUGGAGCUGCUGCGCAGUAUAAAGGCCCAACUCCGCAGGGUCGUUUUCAGCAGGCACAUGGCCCAGGCAGACCUGAAGAACUCCACCUUCUGGCUGAGGGCGAGUGUCGGUGCCACUGUCUUUGCUGUGUUGGGCUUCGCCAUGUACAGAGCACUUCUCAAGCAGCGGUGAUCAAACAGGUGAAAGGGUGAGGACAGGUGCUUCUCUUUCGGCCCUCUGCAUUGGCUCCGCCCCCUCCCGCUUACCUGAGAGACUGAAAACGCUGUUUGAACAGCCUAAACCCCGCCUCAUCCACAUGUAUCCCAUGCAAUACAGAAACAGGCGACGAUAUCGGACUUUUAUAUUCAUAUACAUUUAAAAGCAAUUUUGUGGUUCAGGUGUUUUGCAGGACAAAGGGGGUUGUCCUUGUUAGCCCAGCUCCUCCCCCCCCCCUUUUUUGGGGGGGGGGUCUGGGGUCAGUAUUAUUUGUUAGCUUGAGACCAGAGAGAAGUCACCAUGUAAAUCAGUUCAGAUUUUAGGAUUUGACCACAGGGCGACAACAUAAAGUCAACUUCAUCACACUGUCUGGGUCUUUCUAUCCUUCUCAUGGAAAUUGUGCACUUGUUUUAUGUUCUGUAUUAAUUUAUUAACCUCUAUGUUGACUGUUUUUUCAUAGUAAGACAUGUAUUUUUGUAUUUGGUUUGGUCAAAGCUGCACUCUAAAAAAUGAAAUGUUCCACAAAACCUGUCUGUUUAAAUGUGAAACAUUUUCUUUUUUCCCCAUUUAAACAACCAAGUUUGGAGCUAGUAGACAUAACGAGAUAAAGUAAAUAUAACAUUUUAUUUUUAGUGUGUCUUGCUGUUCCAUGAAUGUUUUUAUUUUCAUAUAAAGCCUUGAACCUCUCUA